AUGACCUUGAACAGCGCAAUUGGAGUGCCACGUUGUUGCAUGCCCAGGCUUAACAGCAUCCUCCCAUUAUAUGCAACCAGGAUAUAUACAGCAUUGGAAUCGAUCUCAGGUGGCAGUAUGACUGUGUUGAUUUCCAGUGCCUUGCGUCUCCUGCGCUGGAGGUAUGGGAGACAGAAGAAGCUGGAGAUUGAGGGACUGGACUGCAGUCCAAAGAUGUUGGACAUAGCGAGGCGUGCAGAUCCCAAGUCAACCUUUACUCUGGGUGAUGCAACGGCACUCCCAUAUAGCGAUGCAUCAUUCGACUUCGCCCUAUCUGUGUACACUCUGCGAAACCUGCCUGACCUGAGGAUGGCCCUGCAAGAAAUGCUGAGGGUGCUGAAGCCGAGAAGCAAGUUGUUGCUACUGGAUGCGUUCCCACCGCCAAUUCCAGUGGCGCGUGCCUUGCUGUGGUUGUGGCUCAAAUUGGUGCUGCCAAUAUUAGGGGGACUCUUCACAGGGGAAAGAUGGGCAUACGAAUAUCUUGCGGCAUCGAUUCAGGGAACAAAAUCGGCACAUGAGGUUGCAACCAUGCUGGAGGGCCUUGGGUGUGAUGAAAUAGAGGUGAAUCACUACACAUUUGGUGCAGCGGCAUGCAUUGUGGCGACAAAGCCGAUGGAAGUUGCGCUGAAGCCAGUGAGGAAGACGGGCAGGAGGGCCAAAGAAUCUGGAAGCCGAUGA